AUGAUCUCAGAUAAGGUGUACCGACUAUGCCACCACGACAAGACAGUAAGCUCAGAGCUUGCGAGAGAUCCAAGUCAAUCACCGGCAAAGUUGUUUCAUAAGCUGUAUCAUGAGCACAAGCUGAAGGAGAAGCUCGUUGAGACCAAGCAGUCGACCACUGACCAUCAAGAUGUUCUGCAGAGAGCGUAUGAAUGUGGGAACUGGGGAACAGCAAAACCGAGUAAUCUAUUUCUUAAGAUAUACCACGACGCUCUCUGUACGUUGGACAAAAAUCCUCUGGGGGGAGUGGUCUCUCCACCACUGAUGGGCAGUCACGGGGUCGUUCCCUUGACCAUCGUGGCCCCGUUGCCGGAUCUGUGUCGGCAUGUGGCAAACUGUAUCGCCCGAGCCGAAAAGGAGGUAUUCUUGGGGACCAAUUUCUGGAUCUACUCCGAUGCAUCGACCCUCGUAACCAACGCGUUUCGGGAACUGUCAAGACGAGCGGGCGAGCGCGGGAGCAAAGUGGUUGUGAAAGUGUUAUACGACCGGGGAAGUCCUCAACAGCUCUGGGAUAAUCACCUGAGCGUCGGUGAGAAGCAGUAUGCAGAUCCAAAUGGCAAGGUCCGACUGCCUCCUGCAGGAGAAAUCCCCAACAUUGACCUUCAAGUCACCAACUACCACCGCCCUAUCUUUGGAACGUUUCACGCCAAAUUCAUGGUCAUUGAUCGAAGGGUUGCUUUGCUUCAGAGCAGCAAUGUUCAGGACAACGACAACCUCGAGAUGCUGGUCCAUGUUGAAGGACCCAUUGUGGACUCGUUCUAUGACACUGCGCUGAUCUCGUGGGGGAAGGCAUUCAAAACGUCCCUUCCAAUGCUGUCCUCUCCGGCCGCGAGCGCCGGCAUUCUCAGCAUCUCUGCUCAGCAUUCACAGGCUGAAUCUAUUGAAGACCUACGUUCUCCGUUACCUGAGCACACAACGCAGGAUCCUCAUUAUGAUUGUGAUAUCCAGCACGAGGCGCGAAGGGUCAACGACACGAUUCGUCCCCGAGCAGGGGGAUCAAAAACUCAAGCGGUCACUCGCUAUCUGAAUACUACAAUUCAGCGAGACACAACCGGCGACGCCCCAGAUAGCGACCAGGAACCGCCAAUGCGGCCAUACGUGACUCUACCACCUCACAAGCCAUUUCCUAUGGCCCUGGUCAACAGAGAACCCUGGGGAGCGCCAAACCAUACGAGCAUCUACACUCCACAAAAUUCAGCCUUCCUCUCCGCCUUCAAACACGCGAAGCAGUCCAUCUUCAUCCAGACUCCAAACAUGAACGCAGAGCCAAUACUGCAGGCGCUACUCGACGCAGUCCGUCGCGGUGUCACCGUCACAUGCUAUCUCUGCCUCGGCUACAACGACACUGGCCAACUCCUUCCCUUCCAGAACGGAACGAACGAGAUGAUCGCGAAUCGACUAUACCGCUCCCUGCAUACGGACGAAGAACGCUCGCGACUGCGCAUAUACAACUACGUAGGCAAGGAUCAAACCAAACCGAUCCACAAUAAAUACAAAAAGCGAAGCUGCCACGUUAAACUUAUGAUCAUUGACGAGCGGGUGGCUAUACAGGGAAACGGAAAUCUCGACACGCAAUCCUUCUACCACAGCCAGGAAGUGAACCUCCUCCUCGACUCGCCGCUUGUAUGCCGUGUCUGGUUGGAGCAGAUAAAUCAGAACCAGAACACGGCGAUUUACGGCGCUGUGGGCACCGAGGACGGGUGCUGGCAUGAUCCGGUUAGUGGUGAGAUGCCCAAGGGUUCUAUUGGGGUUGACCCUGGACGCUUCAGUUGGGCUAAAGGGGUUGUUGGUGCUGUACAAAGGGUGAGAGGUGUUGGGGGAUUUUAA